UUAAGUAUUUAAUUAUAGGUGCAUAAAUUUAAACUUUAAUUAAUAACUUAUAGCAGCAUAAAUUAAAGAUGGGGAAUGUUAUAGGCAAUUUCUUCAAGCGAAUGUUUGGAAAACUGGAAUGUCGAAUUCUAAUGGUAGGACUCGACGCAGCGGGUAAAACUACAAUUUUAUAUUACUUUAAACUGAGUGGAGAACUCGUCCAUACGUUACCAACGAUUGGAUUUAACGUUGAAACAGUUAAAUAUAAAAACUUAACGUUCACAGUAUGGGACAUAGGAGGACAAGAUCGUAUACGAGCUCUGUGGCGCUUGUAUUACCAAGAAACUGAAGGAAUCAUUUUCGUCGUUGACUCCCACGAUAGGGAAAGAGUCGAUGAAGCUAGACAUGAACUUUAUAAACUUUUAAAAGAGGAAGAUCUACAGAACGCUGUGUUGUUGGUGUAUGCGAACAAGCAGGACUUACCAGGCGCUAUGUCUACUACAGAGCUGACUGAUAAACUUGGUUUAUUGAGAUUGCGUAAUAGAAACUGGUACAUACAAGCAACGUCAGCAGUAAAGGGAGAUGGUUUGUACCAAGGAUUAGAAUGGAUUAGUCAGCAGAUGAAGUGUAGAAAAAAGAAAAGUAUCAAAUAUAGUUGAGCUGCUGGCGAGGAAGAAAAUUGUUCGACGAAAGAUUUGAAGAAAUCAACUAACGACGGUGAUUCGACUGCGAGUAGCGAUAUGAUGUAUUUCAACAAUGACAUGAUGAAACAAAUGGAGAGAGUGCGAAAGGAAAGGGAGAAAGAAGGACAAUUUUGGGAAAAUGAGAUCAGACAAAUGAACAGAUGGUAUUAAAUAAAUAAACAAAUUUUAAAAAUUGUAAAUUCCUUUAACUAAUUAUUAUCUUUAAAGAAGAUAUACCUUUGUUCUGUGUUCAUGUGAACAACAUUAACAAAUUCAACAUGCAA